GACCAUGUUGGGUAGUGAAAUUUUGCUGAUAAAAUAAUUUUUCUUUUAAUUUGGAAACAAUUUAUGCAAAAAAAAUAUAUAAAAAAUUUAACUAGAAAGAAAUUUGUUUUUUAUAUUUCCCUGUGAUAGUUUUAUUUAGUUUUCACAUUUUAUAGGUACAAAUUUAGCGAAUUAAAAAAAGAAAAAAUGCCAAGAGGAAAAUAUGUCAAUCAUAAAGGACGUAGUCGUCAUUUCACUAGUCCUGAAGAAAUGGAAGAGGAGAUGAAGAAAAAGCACCGCUCUAAAGACGAAUCAGAUGAAUCUGAAGAAGAAUCCGCUUCAGGUAGUGAGGCAGAAGAAGAUUCAGAGGAUGAAGAUCACAAAGCAAAGGGGGUUGAAAGUUUGAUAGAAAUUGAAAAUCCAAAUCGUGCGCCACGUAAACAAGCACAAAAAGUUUCAGCUGUUAAUGUAGAUAAAGCAAAUAAACCAGAAUUAUCAAGACGCGAACGGGAAGAAAUAGAAAAGCAAAGAACACAGGCUCAUUAUCAAAAACUGCAUGCUGAAGGAAAGACAGAACAAGCUAGGGCUGAUUUAGCGCGUUUGGCUAUAAUUAAACAGCAUAGAGCUGAAGCAGCAGCAAGGCGUGAAGCUGAAAAAAAGGCUAAAGAAGAAAAGAAAAAGGCUUCAACGUCAAAAUGAUCUUAAAUUAAUGAUAAAUAAACAAAAAAUUAAAUUAAAAUUUUUGAUCAGCCAGCUUUUUUGAUAGUAUAUUAAACUAAAUACGAAAAAAGUAAAAUUGUUUUCAAAAUUGAUCACUACCAAUACUUGAAAAAUUAAUUUUAUAAGAAUAAGCAAAUUUUUUUUAUAUAGAAUCAAAAGAUAAAGAAUAUUUUAAACAGCUUGAAAGAGUUUAAAAAAAUCAAAAUACGUACACACACAGAUAUAAAAACGUGCAUAAGAUUCCUUAUUAUGAAUACAUAAAGAAAAGAUUGUUUAAACUUUAAUCAAAAUUGUAAUUUGAUUCAUUUUACUUUGUGUUUUUGAAAUAAAAAGGAAAUAUUUUGCAGAUUUUUUAAACUGUAAA